GGGUCGUCUUGGUGGUGGACGCAGGUCUCUCUCCGAUCAUUCGUUUCUCCACCCUCUUCACGGCUUCACCACAGAUUUUCAACCUCUGUCUCUUCCCUUCAUCCCAUCUUUCUGUUUACCUCUUCUCCUUUUCCUCUCUCCCCACAAUUAUUAUUGCUUAUUAUUUUCUUCUCCCCCCUCUCUUUCUCUCUCCAAACUCUAGAGCCCCCAUCUCCCAUUGUUUCGUUAUCUCCAUCUCUUCCUCUUAAAAACCUCCUGUUUUUCCUUCUUUUCUUGUCUCCCACCUGUGACGAACUUCAUAAAAAAUGCUUUCUUUCUCUUCCCGAUCAACAAUUCUCCUUGCCCUUCUCGUACUCCUGGCUGCCACGCGCGUUUCGACGUCACAGGAGGACUCACAGGCCAAUACAAUCUAUGAUGUGCUGAAACUCAACGGCCUCCCAAUUGGGUUGUUGCCCAAAGGGGUCAGCAACUUCAGCAUAGACGAGCAGGGGAGGUUUCAGGUCUAUCUUGAUCGCGCCUGCAACGCCAAGUUCGAGGACCAAGUUCACUAUGAGAGGAACAUAACGGGAAACUUGACCUAUGGGCAGAUUGGAGCUCUCUCUGGCGUCUCUGCGCAGGAGUUGUUCCUCUGGCUUCCUGUGAAGGGCAUAAGAGUUGACAUCCCUAGCUCCGGUCUCAUCUAUUUUGAUGUUGGUGUCAUCCACAAGCAGUUCUCUUUGUCUCUCUUUGAGACACCCCCGGACUGCCAAGCCGCGGAUCAAUUCAAUGGCGAUGAUCUCCUUGAAGGGAAGAGAGUUGCUGAUGUUGUUCUCCAGAGUAAAAUGGCGACUCCACGAGGCACGUAUGAUCGGAGAGUUCAGGCAGCCGUCAUGUGAGUACUUCAGCCACUCGAUCAGUUAAGAUUGAGCAACCAUAGACACAGGUCUCCCUUUCCGUUAAAGACGAAGUCUCAGAAAAAUUUGGUUUAGCAGAUUGUAAUCUUCUGUGGCAUGCUUGCAUUAGAGUACAGAUUAGUUGGGAUUUGUUUACAUGGAAGAAUGAAUUUUUUGAAGAUGGGGAAGGAUUUUUUUUAUGCAUGUUCUGAUAGACAGGAAGAAGGAAGAGACAGGAGGAGGAUGGAUAAUGGAAUGCCCGAGGUGAUAUUAAAUGGUUAGUUGCUAGACAUGUGCAGGCAUAGUACUAUGUGGAAGGCAAUUUUAACUUGUGAAUAUGUGGAGUUGAGUUUAUUUGUGCGUGUGCUUUGGUUCGAGCCUUAAGGACUCCUGGUGCAGUGAAUCCCAAAAUGAGUAAAUUUCUGUUCGGGACCUUUGAUUUGUUUGUAUAGUCGCAUGUAUUUAGAUGAGGUAAGGGGUUGUCUGGAGCCCUGCUAGGGAAAUAAGUACCUUAUGUUUAUUUGUGCAGAUGUCUACUUUCUUUGUUGUCUGUGCCUUCUAUAAAUGGACUUUACAUUUAAUUGAUUCAAAUUUGUUUUCCCA